AUGGCCAGGGGGAACAAAAGAAAAGAGGAGGAGGAGGAGAAGGAGGAGGAGGAGGAGGAGGAGACACUUGGAGGUCCUUCAGAGUUCAAGGAGGAAGAGAGGUCCAGAAGAAGAGGUGGAAGGAGCAAGAUGAGCAAUGCUCGGGAGAUGAAUGAAGAGGGAGACGUUUUCUCCAUGUCUCGGGCCGUCGCGCAAGAACUGUUCUACGCGGUCCGUGAGGUUUGCGGCUUCUCAGUUGAGAUCCUCAAAGAUUUCGUGAAGAGCGUGAGAGAAACCCGAAGAGAUCUGCUCGUCAACGGCGACAAGGAUGACAGAUCUCUGCCUGGCAUGAGGGUGGGAAGGGAGAAAGACUGGACGCUUAAGAAGACCUUCUUUGCGUUCUUGGUUGUGCAGAUAUUGACUUUUUCUCUCUUCGCUGUAUUUGCCUGCAAAGAAGCAAACAGAAAGGACAUGCUGAUCCACCAAAUCCGCAGGGAGGCUGCUGAGCUGGAGAGAAAGCGCAGCUUUGAGGCUGGGCUAAAGAAAGCGUCGGAGCUGGUUGGGGUUCCGAGGGUUGCAGCGGCCCCAGUCAUCAAUCUGCAUGAGAUCAAGUUCGUUCAGGCGCCAAGUGCUGGACCGUCUCCGAACAUGCUCGAGCAGCAAGAGGUGAAAAAGAAGAUCUCACAACAAGAAGCAGGAAGCGUGCUGAACGAUAGCAUGUGGAACAAUAGCUACAGGGAGGUGGCGCAGGAUAAGGUUGCUCCUCGAUCCGCGACGCUUCCUUCAAAUUCAAACUCAGCCUUGACUCCACGUUCAUCGCAACCAUCAUCACAAUCAUCAUCACAAUCGUCACAAGCAUCCACCAGCAGUCAAGAACCGCAACCGUAUCCGGAUACACAGCAGGCUGUCAGCUAUUCCAGCCCCCAGCAGGCUGUCAGCUAUUCCAGCCCCCAACAGGCUGUCAGCUAUUCCAGCCCCCAGCAGGCUGUCAGCUACUCGAACCAAGGGAGCAGCUACACGGGUCAACAGCCAGCAGUCAGUCAGACUACUUUGCCGGAGUUCAGUCAGUUCCGAGGUCAAGUGAAGUUCCGGCUGGUGGUGCUGACGUGCAACCGCCCGGUCGCUCUCCUCCGCCUACUUACCUCCCUCCUCAACGCUCAUUACGACGGCAUCCAGGCUGACCUCCACGUCCACCAGGACCGGCCUCCCUCCUCCCCUCCCGACGCUCAGACAACGGCGAUCGUCGAGUCCUUCACGUGGCCGCACGGGGUCAAGACUCUCCACCAGUGGUCGACGCACGUCGGCAUCCUCGGCAACUGGAUCCACUCAUGGCAGCCUAACGCGCAGGACGAGAAUAAGAUCGCAAUCUUCCUCGAAGACGAUCUCGAGGCUUCUCCUCACUUCGCCCGCUGGUUUCUCGCCGCUCACCUUCGCUUCCUCUCCGACCCUGCCGUCUCCUGCUUCUCCGCCAUGCGCGCGCAGCUCCGGGCCUCGGAUCCUCGGGGGGAAGGCAACCUAGAGAGCACGAUGAAGGAAGGGACGACAGUGUUCAAGUACAAGCUGAUGGGCACGUGGAGCUUCUCCCCGAAGGCGAAGGCCUGGAGGGAGUUCCGCGCAUGGUUCGAGAGAAUGCAGGAGAAGAAGGGCUUCGUCCCGCUGGUGGAGGGCAUCAUGCCGAGCAUGUGGUACCAGCAGUUCCAGCAGGAGGGAAGAGAGAGCUCGAUGUGGGAGAUGUGGUUCAUCCGAUUCAUGGAGGAGAGGAAGGAGUUCUGUGUGUACCCCUGGCUGGCUGGCAGCAAGACGCUCAUGGCGAACUGGAGGGAGAAAGGGCUGCACUACCAGGGGGAGGUGGGGAGAGACCAUGAACUUCUGCUGGACUGGGACGCGAAGCUCAUCUUCUGGCCCAACAUCAUCCCUGUCCUCGACUGGGACGGGCAGGAGAUAAAAAGCAUCAUGGAUGCGCAACCGCCUCCUCCUCCUCCUCGUUCUCACGCUAUCUCCUCCCUCUCCUUCCCUGCCCUCCCUCGCCUCCCCGUCGUGACAACCGUGACCUUGCGUCCUCCUCCAGACGUGCUGACGCAGCUGAACUGUGUGAUCGCCAAGGAGGACCUGCUGCUUCGCUCCAUGCUUGAGCAGACGAUCCGCACGAUGCCCUCUGACCUUCUCCUCCUCUUCGUCAUCAGCCGCGCCAGCAUGCCUGCCAUGCUCUCGUGGAUUUGCAACACGGAGAGGAUCGAGGGAGUGCACGAGCGAACCCUCGUCCUCGUCCUCAACUCGGAAAUGUUCCCCAUGCUUCAGACCAAGAGCCUCCGCAUCAAGGUCGUCGCCUACGAGCAGAAUGACGUUUCUCCUCACCGCCUCCUACGAGGCUCCCCAGGGCACUCGAGACUGCAGGCCCUGCGGCUGCGGGCGCUGAUAACGGUCCUGACCCUCCAUGACAAGGUUCUCUUCACCGAGCCGGACAUGGUGUGGAUGGAGGCGGUUCCUUCCUCGCCCUCCCCUGCUCCCUCCGCCAUCAUCUCCUCCUUCUCUCUCAGAACCGACGCUGACUUGCAGCUCCUUGAGGACGACGAGACCUUCUCGGACCUCGUGCUCGUCAAGAGCUCCCCGCAAGACUGCUGCGAAGCAUGCUCCCGCCUCAAGGACUGCAAGGCGUUCGUGUGGAUCGUGACUUCGAGCGAGUGCUGGACCAAGUCAAACAUCCGAGAAAUGAGCAAGAGGAGGCUUGUUUUCUCUGCCAUCCGCUCAGACCCCGCGUCGUGA